AUGACUUCUAACUUGUUUCUACCACAAUCCAAAGGCUCAACAGUCGAUGUAUCCAUUAUACAUGGUGGACGUACUACUGUUCCCACUUUAUACGUCUUCCAGAACAAGAUCCCUGGACACGAUGUACUGGAUAUUCCUUGUUACAGCUUCUUGAUCGAGAAUAAGAAGCAGGGAAAGAAAGUCCUCUUCGAUCUCGGUAUCAUGAAAGCAUGGAAAGAGAAACAGCCACCACAAAUCCUCGGUCAAAUUGAGUUCGCCAAGGCUGUCAUGGACAUCGACAAGGAUGUGACUGAGCAGCUAAGCGAAUCCAAAGUUGCCCUGGAAUCAAUCGAUUCCAUCAUUUGGUCCCAUCACCACAUUGACCAUACCGGUGACCCGUCAUUGUUUCCAGCGUCCACGGCCCUCGUCGUCGGGCCCGGGUUUAAGAGCAAUAAAACAACCUUCCCUGGUUAUCCUGAAAAUCCAGAGGCUUUAGUAGCGAAUGAUGCAUUUUUGGGGCGUGAGCUCAUUGAGCUUGAUUUCUCGACUGAUCUUAAAAUCGGUGGAUUUCCAGCAGUCGACUACUUUGGCGACGGGGGUUUCUAUAUUUUGCAGGCACAAGGGCAUACCCAUGACCAUAUUUCUGCACUUGCCCGUACGUCUGACGACAAGUUCGUAUUUCUCGGUGGAGACGUCGCCCAUCAUCCAGGCGAAUAUCGCCCAACCGCGCAUCUCCCACUUCCAGAGAGCGUCCAGCCUUCUCCAUUUGCUAUUAAUACACUGACUUCGUCAUGCCCUGGUGCAUUGUUUGAAGAAUGUCAUCCGGCGAAAGGGACUAGUAAAGAUUACCGAACGACGCCAUUCUACGAGCUGAACCCGGCCAUGAACGUGUCUCUUCCGGACGCCAUUGAGUCCGUAAACAAGAUGGAAGCUUUUGACGCCUCCCCUAAUGUCUUUGUUGUAAUUGCUCAUGACACGAGCUUGCUGGAUGUUCUACCUUUCUUCCCGAAGACUAUCAACAACUGGGAUUCUGCCAACUACAAAUCUAUUGGCACGUGGAGAUUUUUGAAGGACUUUGGGGGGGCCAUCAAAUCGUAA